AGCGGUUGCCGUGAUGGACGUGAUACAUGCAUGUCGGUGCUGCUUGCUGUGUCCCCCGGACAGGGACCUGACGACGCCGUACACACAUCUCGGCGAAACGGAGAUAUAUGCCGACAUGAUCAAAGAGUGCUUUGAUAUACAACUGGUGGUGGGCGGCGCGGGCUCGUGCGGCAUCUGCUCGGCGUGCGUGGGCCGCCUGCGAGACGCGAGCGACUUCAAGCUGCAAGUGCAGCGCAGCCAGACGGAGCUGCAGUUGCGGCUGCAGGGAGCGGGUGGUGUUAAAGAGGAAGAAUCUGCAGUCGAGCCAGAGAAUCUAGAAAUUCAGGAUAGAGAUGGCACCGGUGAGCCUGUAUCGGGUGAGGAGCCCCCGGUCAAGCCAGAGACGCUGGAUGAAGAUGCACCUGAUGAGAUAUUGCGUGACAUGCUCCGGUUAAACAUGGCGGCCGGAGACGGGCCGAGCGACGAGGGUGGGACACUGUUGCAUGAGGAGCUUCUAAUCAAGCUGGAGCUGGCGGAGGAUGAUGAUGAUGACACAAGUGAUGAGAUGUCGCUGGAGGUGCGGGCAGUCAAGUCGGAGCUGUCGGACGAGGCGAGUGGCGAGGACUGCGUGUCGGUGUGUUCGGACGGUAGCGCCGCCCGCGUUAGGGAACAGCUCGCGAUGGGUUGCUCCGUGGUGUUGGAGCGCCUCCGCGGCGACACGACUGUACACAGUGGAGACAACUCAUAUGGCUGCGAACACUGUGGCAAAAUGUUUAAUAACAAGUGUAUUUUAAGGAAACACAUUCAGUACACGCACUUGUCGAUUGGUCCAAAACAAUUUCCUUGUGAUUUUUGUAGUUCUACAUUCCAAACAGAAUCGCUUGUUUUAGAGCAUGAAAAAAUCGAACAUGUUGUUACAAAUUUCAUGUGUGCUCAUUGUGAGUAUACAACGGUUUACAAGAGAACUUUGCAAGCUCAUUUGAAAACGCACACUGUAGACAACCUUUCUAAUUGUUCUCACUGCAGUUACAAAAGUCCGAUUAAAAGUGAUUUACACAAACACCAAGCGAUACACACUGCUGUCAAGAAGACACACAAACGAACAUACACCAGAGAAAAGCCUUAUAAGUGUAGUCAUUGCGACUACAAGUGCAGUACUGGAUCUAUGCUACGAAGACAUAUAAUGACACACACCGGCGAGAAACAUUUUACAUGUACGCACUGUGAUUACAAAUGCAGCCAGCGAUCAUCCUUACAAAGACACCAAAGAAAACACACCGGAGAAAAGCCUUACAAAUGUAGUCAUUGUGACUACAAGUCCAGUGAUAAGUCAGCCUUACGAGUUCACCAAAGAAUACACACCGGAGAAAAGCCUUACGAAUGUAGUCAUUGUGACUACAAGUGCAGUAAUAGGUCAAGCUUACGAAACCACGAAAGAAAACACACCGGAGAAAAGCCUCACAAAUGUAGUCAUUGUGACUACAAGUGCAGUGAUAGGUCAAGCUUACGAAACCACGAAAGAAGACACACCGGAGAAAAGCCUCACAAAUGUAGUCAUUGUGACUACAAGUGCAGUGAUAGGUCAAGCUUACGAAACCACGAAAGAAAACACACCGGAGAAAAGCCUCACAAAUGUAGUCAAUGUGACUACAAGUGCAGUUAUAGGUCAGCCUUACGAAAACACGAAAAGACACAUACUGGCGAAAAGCCUUUUACAUGUAGACACUGUGAUUAUAAAUGCAGUCGGAAUUCAAAUUUAAAAACACACCAGAGGAUACAUACUGGAGAAAAGCCUUUCAAAUGUAGUCAUUGUGACUACAAGUGCAGUGAUAGGUCAAGCUUACGAAACCACGAAAGAAAACACACCGGAGAAAAGCCUCACAAAUGUAGUCAUUGUGACUACAAGUGCAGUUAUAGGUCAAGCUUACGAAAACACGAAAGGACACAUACUGGCGAAAAGCCUUUUACAUGUAGACACUGUGAUUAUAAAUGCAGUCGGAAUUCAAAUUUAAAAAUACACCAGAGGAUACAUACUGGAGAAAAGCCUUUCAAAUGUAGUAAUUGUGACUACAAGUGCAGCCUAAAAUCAUCCUUACAAAUACAUCAAAGAAGAAGACACACCGGAGAAAAAACUUAAAAAUGUAGUAUUAAAAAAUAUUUAGUAUAAUUUAGUUUUAGUUUAAGACUUAGUUAGUUUAAUUACUAGCGCACGCAACUCUGUAAACUAAAUCUUGCAACUGUUUAUUUUACUUUUUUGUCCAUAUACUUGUGUAGAAAUGACAUCUCACCUCCCUAGCUGUGCACACAUGUUUACAGUUAUACUACACUAGAUCUGAACUGUAUGCUAAUACUGUAUUAAUUUCUGCAAUUGUCUGUAACUUGAC